AUGUCUUUACGAUCAGGACCCUUGAAUCAUGAGAAUUUCUUUAUCUCUUUCCCGCAUGAGCGGGUUGUCCAGGUCACAAUCAAUAGACCACAGAAGCUAAAUUGCAUCGACAAAACUACAAGUCGAGAGAUUGCCAAGAUCUGGGACCAGUUUGAUGAAGAUGAAAGCUUAUGGGUCGCCAUAAUCACCGGUGUCGGCCGAGCCUUCUGUACAGGGGCUGAUCUAGGGGAAUGGAACGCUAUGAACAAAGCUGGUGUCGUCAAUGAUAUGUCCGCACCGGGCCUUGCCGGGUUACCUCGCCGGACCGGCAAGAAACCGAUCAUUGCCGCUGUAAACGGCAUUUGCAUGGGUGGAGGGUUCGAGAUGGUGGCGAAUUGCGAUCUUAUCUUAGCCUCAUCCUCAGCCAUUUUCUCCCUUCCGGAAGUGAAGCGUGGAAUCGUACCAGUUGCCGGAUGUUUGCCGCGAUUGACCCGCACCAUUGGGCUGCAACGCACGAUGGAUCUCGUGCUCACUGGCAGGAACGUGAGCGCCACCACAUUACAUGACUGGGGUCUAAUCAGUCAAGUGGUGGAUUCACCGGCCGAUGUUGUCCGAGCAGCAGUCGAGGUUGCCGAGGUCAUGUGCAAAAAUAGCCCCGAUUCCCUUAUUGUUGGCCGUCUGGGCGUUCGGAUGAGCUGGGAAGCUGGCAGUGUAGAGGAUACUGUAUCAGAUCUGGCGGAUCAGUGGUAUCCUCGGUUGGUUGGGGGUCCUAACUUUGCCGAAGGCAUCCAGGCGUUUGUGGAGAAACGGUCACCAAGCUGGAAGAAUUCGAAAUUGUGA